AUGUCUUCGCUUGAGGUGGAGCUGCUGAAUGCCGAAGACAAGAGGGCGCUGCAGCAGAAGCAGCAGCAACGGCUGCAGCAGGAAGUGAAGGAAGCAGCAGAAGAGCUGCGGCGGCUGCAGCAGCAAAAAGAAGAUUACACUGAUCAGAUCGUACACAGCCCAAACAAGCUGAAGCAGAAACGUCUAGAGCUGCAGCAGCAGCAGCAGCAGCAAGACAUGCGCCUGUCAGACCUCAGCAAGCAGCGGCAGCAGCAGCAGCUGCUGCAGCAGCAAAUGGAAAGGGCCCUAAAGAAAGCACUAAAGGCUGAAACCCUUCUAUCCUCGCACAAAACAAAUUGCUUGCUGCCGUAUGUAUCAGCUCGGCAGGACUUGCGUGCAACAGAGAAGACGCAGAAGGAGCUGCAGCAGCGGCGUCAGCAGCUGCAGCAGCAGCUGCAGCAGCAGCAGCAAGAAUACCAGCAGCAGCAGCAGCAACUCAUCACCGAGGAAGAAUGCAGCAGCAGCAAAACAAAAGAAAUGAAAGAAAGAGUGCAGCAAGCAAAAGAAGAAGCAAACCAAUUCUGGAGUCUACUGCCGUCGCAGCAGGACUCUAUAAAGCAGCUGCAGCAGCAGCUGCAGCAGCUGCAGGUGUCUAUACAGCAGAAGCGAGCAGCACACGCGGAGCUGCUGCUGGCAGUGAAGGAGGCGCAGCAGCAAACAGAAGAAAUGUUUCGUUCUUAUCUAGCGAAAAUUGAAGCGUGCAGACGUGCGCUGCCACCCCCCGCGAGUUUAAGAGAAACCCUCGCUAACAGCGAGAACAAACCCCCACAAACCCUGCAGCAGCAGCAGCAGCAGCAGCAGCAGCACAAGCAGCAGCAGCAGCAGCACAAGCAGCAGCACAAGCAGCAGCAGCACGAAGACGGAGAACAGCACCACAACAGGAUGGGGCCCCCAACAGUCCUCGAGCCUCUUCCUAAACCCCUCUCCUGUGGUCUCAACUAA